AUGUCGUAUGAUUGCGGAGUCGUUGCAUCAUUUACUGUCUCAGGACGGAAAGACCGACUGAGAAGGCAAGCGAAAUCGACUCCGAACGUUUCUGCUCAUUCAGUUGCCGCUCUGAAACGCCGAGUUCAUGCUUCGAGGCCACCUACUCCAGUUAUACAUAACGAGGACCCAUCGGUCAUGUUCCCGGUGAUGGAUGAGUCCGAAAGAGAUUUUCUCCAAGCUGCUGUACGACUUACUUAUUCGACUGAUGACGACGACAGGUGGCUAUUUCUAUUUAUGAGUAAGCUUGCGUUAGAUGAGGGCGCAAGCCUUCUAUCCACAAGCUCAGAGGCAAGAGAUCGUCUGGUGAACGUCACGUUGAACCGUUUCAGUGCUCCAUCUUCACCUUCUGGCGGGCAUCUAUCUGUUGAAAAAUCGUGUUUUCUCUCAUCACCAACAGUUGACAGCGGUCGACCAAACAGCGACGACGAGGACAGAAGAACCCAACCUUGUUCAACAAAGUCCCUUGAUGACGGUUUCUUCGACUCAAGCCUAGUAAAAAAAGAUGAAGAAACCUCGUCCGAAGCGCUCACCUCCAUAUCAAAUUUGCAAAAGGAGGCUGGCGACUAUGCUACAGAAGAAGGUACGUUCUUUCUAUCCUUUCAGGACUGA